AGCUCGAGUGAUACGUGCGUAUUAAAACAAAUGUAAACAGUGAUAUUAAAUUUUUGAAAUGGAAAAAGUGGAUAUUAUUGUUAUUGGAGCUACGGGUUUCACGGGAAAACAUGUUGUUAAACAAUUAGCAGCCUUUAGUAAACAUUCUACAUAUAAAACAAUUACUUGGGGUGUGUCAGGAAGAUCGACAGAAAAAGUGAAACUCUUACUAAAAGAAAUUGCAGAAAACGAUGUAGACACAUCGAAAAUUCUUACAGUAAUAAGCGAUGUUAAAGACGAAAACACUCUGUCUAAUGUUACAAGAAGAGCUAAAAUUGUUGUAAAUUGCACAGGCCCAAGUACUCUUCUAAGCGAGUAUAUUGUGAAGGCUUGUAUACAAACUGGCACUCACUAUGUUGAUAUUUCGGCAGAACUUUAUGUAAGUUAUGAAUAUUUUUUUACUAAUAUAGUUUUAUUUGUAUUCAUUAAUGGUAUUAAUGUACAUACUCGUAUAUGUCAAAUAGUAUAAGAACGAUUAUUCGUUCUUAUAUUAUUUUACAUAAUAUAGGUAAGAUUAGAAACUUUUUCAUGAUCAUCAUCGUCAUUAUCAAUGCCGCUUGUCCCGAGUCGAUGCUGAACACGAGCCUCUCCUAGACCUGACAUUAAGCAUGGUCAGCAUCCAUCGACGCGUCUCGUCUAAAGGAUUUUAUUGCAAUGAACUUCGCUUGCACUUUGUGCGGGCACAGUUCGGUCGGCGCACAGACAUCAAAGGUAGCCCAUGUGUCUGCGUUAAUUAGUUACUUAUAGUUUAUUCUUUAAGUGGUCAUGUGAGGUGGGGACCAGCGCUGCCCUUAAUAACAACCAUUUUUGCCUUUUUAGUUCAAAAUAGGGUUUCCUGCCGUCUGAACUACUAAUAUUGUCAACUAAGAAUUCUUCGUCAUAAGAGGAAAGUAUAUUUCAAAUAUUAGCAUAACUCUAUCAGUGUUAAAUUUAAAAUCAAAACACGUAGGCAACGCAUAACGCUCAUUGUGGUUAGUGAGGAAUCACCAACCUAAGUUUUAAUAUUACGACUGUGUAUCGUAAUUGAAAUUACCUACCUUUACUACAUUAUGACAUUAAUCUGAUAUGUUUUAGCAUAUUUUAAACGUGUAUAGAGCAUAUCACAAAUUAGCUGAAGAAGCGAACGUGCUAAUAGUGCCAAGUUGCGGUUUUGCAUCGAUACCAACUUCAACUGGUAUAAUCCUAAUGGAUGAACAUUAUAAAGGUUCACUGCACACUGUCGAAUGCUAUGUAGAGUUACAUAUACCGAGAGAAUGUUACUUCGGAGGACGAAAUAAAGCUCUAGUACAUUAUGGGACAUGGGAGUCUUUCGUUCAUGAAUUGUCUAAUAUGAAAAAAUAUAAGAAUUUGAAGAAAUUAACGUUUCCGGAAACACAGAAUGAGCCAUUACCGAGAGAGUUAAAAAAGUCAUUUUUCCAUAAACACGAAGGUAAAUGGUGGUUUACCUAUCCAGGACCUGACACGGAAGUAGAUUUCAUGUCACAGAUGUAUUUUAAAGAGAAAAUGGGAAAGAAACCCGUACAUUUCAAGGCCUAUACUACAAUGCCUCUGAUCGUCCAUUUUUUCAUUAUUAUUCCUCUAGUAUUUAUUGCUUAUUACGCUUGUCGAUUGAAGUGUUUUAGACACUUGAUGUGGAAAUAUCCUGGUUUCUUUUCAUUUGGCUUAAUGUCACAUAAGGGUCCGUCGGAGAAAUUAAGAAACGAUCUGAAGUAUACAUUCACACUGACAGGGAAAGGAAGCGACUCAACUGACAAACCUUAUACAGUAAAGGUAGGUAUUGUAUAAAAGUUGCUUACUUUAAGUAAUUACGUUAUUAGUUAUGAUUAAUAAAUAAAUAUAUUAUUAUUAUUUAGGAUAUAUACCUACGUGGUAUUUUUAUUUGGUUGAGAUACCAGGCUUUGUGCUGGUGCGGCAUGACCGAGUUUUAAGGCGUGGAGGUGGAGUCGCUAUUUACCUACGUAGUGAUAUAACCUUCAAAGUAAUAUCCACUUUUGAUCAACAGGCUAAUGACAUGGAGUAUCUGUUUCUUGAAAUUAAUUUAAAGGGGGUCAAAGCUAUUCUUGGAGUCGUUUACUCUCCUCCCUCUAUUAAUUAUUUCUCCACUUUGGAAUCUAUCCUAGAUAACAUCUGCUCUGAGUACACACAUCAAGUCAUCAUGGGUGAUUUCAACACAGAUCUUUUAAAAAACUCCUCUAAUUCUCAAAAGUUACGAUCCAUAAUAAACUCGGUCAACCUCUCCAUUCUUCCCCUUAAAGCUACUCACUCUAAUUUUUCAACUGCGGAUUCAUGGAUCGAUUUAAUUAUUACAUCUUCUAAUAAAGUUGCGAGUUAUGGUCAGUUCCCAGCUCCUGGUUUUUCGAACCACGACUUAAUAUUUCUCUCAUAUAAAUUGAAACCACCUAAACAUAUCCCUCACACAAUAAAGUUACGCAGCUAUGCUCGAUUAAAUAGAGAUAGCUUAAUUAAUGAAGUGUCUGCCAUUGAUUGGUCUUCAGUGUUAAAUACCGAUUCAAUUAAUGAUAUGGUUAUGGAGUUUAAUUCUAAAUUAUUGAAUAUUUACAAUACACAUGCGCCAGAACGCGAGGUUAAAAUUAAACGUCCAUCAGUUCCGUGGAUCACUAGCAACGUACGCCUGGCAAUGAACAGGCGCAACAGAGCUUUUGUCACUUAUAAAUCUUGCCGUACUGUACAGAACUGGGAGGCUUUCAAAAAGGCUAGGAAUCGCUGCAAUCAGGUCGUGAGGUCCGCUAAACGCCGAUAUUUUCAUGAUUUCCUAAAUAAUUCAUCGCAAUCGGAGACAUGGAAGUUUAUUCACUCUCAUGGUCUCAGUAAAACUAAAAAACAAGUAAUCUCAGAUAUUUUCCCAUUAAACGAUCUCAAUGUGCACUUUUCUUCAUCAGCUUGUCUCCCAUCUCACGUUAAAUUGAAAACUAUUUCGGAUAUUACUUCCAUGUCAUCCCCGCAUAAAGAUUCGUUCUCUUUUUCUACAGUCACUGAGAAGGAUAUUUUAAAAGUAUUACAGAAACUUAAGUCAAAGGCAGUAGGCCAUGACAACAUAGGAAGAACCAUGAUAUCGUAUGUUUCAGAACAUAUUGUACCAAUUUUAGCCUCCAUUAUAAACCGCUCAUUGCUUACUGGGAAUUUUCCGUCAUGCUGGCAGAAGGCCUUUGUUCUCCCUCUUCCAAAAAUCUCUAUGCCCAGUGCUCUCAACCACUUCCGGCCUAUCUCGAUUUUGCCGUUUUUGUCAAAAGUUUUAGAAGCUGUAGCCCUCAAACAGAUACAAACUUACUUAACUAAAAGCAACUUAUUAAAUCAACACCAAUCAGGAUUUCGACCCGGACAUAGCACCACAACGGCGCUUUUAAAAAUAACAGAGGAUGUGCGUGAUGGCAUGGAAUUUGGAAGGUUGACGGUGUUAGUUUUAAUAGAUUUUUCUAACGCCUUUAAUACCGUUGACCAUGAUAUUCUCAUCGCCAUCUUGUCUUACAUAGGUUUUUCCUUAUCAGCACGGAAUUGGGUUUCCUCCUAUCUUCGUGGUCGCCAGCAGGCGGUCCGUGUGGACGGUAUGGUAUCCGAUUGGUGUGAAUUAACCACUGGUGUUCCUCAAGGUGGAAUUCUAUCUCCAUUACUUUUCUCUAUAUUUAUUAACAUGAUUACUUGCAACUUUCGUGCUUCUUACCAUAUGUAUGCCGAUGACUUGCAACUGUAUGCUCAUGCCGAUGCUACUACCAUGAAUAAUGCUAUAACUGUGAUUAACUCCGAUCUUAACUGGAUUCUGAAUUGGUCAAGAAGAUACGGGGUCACUGUUAAUCCAAGCAAAUGCCAAGCUAUAGCCUUAGGCAGCGCACGUCACUUAGGUAAACUUAAUCAUACAUCAUUAGAUCCACUGAUUUAUAAUGGCGUGGUAAUUCCGUACAGCUCACAUGUUAGGGACUUGGGAUUAAGCUUGGAUUGUUCUCUUACUUGGCGCAGUCAUGUUGAGGAAGUUAGCCGUAAAGUUUGUACUACUUUGAGACAAUUGUAUAGAUUUAAAAAUAUCUUACCGCCUUGUACGAAAAAACUUCUAAUUGAAUCGCUUAUUCUUCCUAUGUUUGAUUAUGCCGAUGUGUGUUACUUAGAUGCAGACAAAUACUUGGUCAAUAAAUUGGAUCGACUUCUCAACAACUGUAUCCGUUUCAUUUACGGUCUUCGAAAGUAUGACCAUGUCUCUUUCUAUCGCUCUCAACUUAAAUGGUUAAAUAUUCCACAACGCAGGAACCUUAGAAUUCUUAGCACUCUUUUCACUAUUCUUAACGAUCCAUUGGCCCCGGAGUAUUUGAAAUGUAAGUUUCAAUACCUGGGUUCUUCCCAUGAUUGCAAUCUUCGCUCUCGUAACAAUCUCGUACUCCAAAUUCCCUCUCACCGUACUGGUUUCCUCUCAAACUCUUUCGCUGUUACAGCUGUACGACUCUGGAAUACGCUUCCCUUAGCAAUAAGAAAAUCACCUAACAAGUGGAUUUUUAAAACAAAUGUGAAAGAACAUUACUUGGGUUCAUCUGACACACAAAUAAAUAAUAACCUAUAACAUAUAAUCUAUAUAUUAUAUCCUUAUAUAUAUUUUAAGUUUGAUCUACGCGUGUGUGUGUGUGUGUGUGUGUGUGUGUGUGUGUGUGUGUGUGUGUGUGUGUGUGUGUGUGUGUGUGUGUGUGUGUGUGCGUGUAUGUGUAUGUGUUUGUGUAAAAUUUAUAUCAAUUUUAGGUUUUCAUCCUAGCCCACUGCAGUACACACAUCUCCCACUAACUUUCCGGUUGACUGGUAGAAAAUGCCAUAUGGCAUUAAGUCCGCCGUUUGUACCUUUAGUACAAUAAAGUGUAUAAAUAAAAAAUAAAUAAAUAAAUAUAUAAAUAUACGAGAUUAUAUAAAAAGUAAAAAAUGAAAUUACAGUACAGUACAAGUAAAUAAAACAAAUACUGAACAUAAUACCUCAUAUAUACAAAUUUUAUACCGUAUAGGUAGGUUUUGAUUCAAAUAAAUUAUUUAGGCUUCAUAUGCGAAUACCGUCGGAAGUUAACACUUUUUAACCAUAUACAGUUUGAAAAAUUGAAGUUUAGUUAGCAAUAAUACUUCAACUUCAAUGUUUACAAGGAAGAUUAUAAAUAUUCUUUAAUUAUAUCCAAUCUUCUGGUUGUCGGACGAGGUCUAACUAACAGAUUAUGGAAUAUCGUAUCAAAACGCAGAAACCAACAUACACAGACAGGAGAUGGCAGCAGUAUUACCAUUAUGACGGAAAAUGCUCUGCGUUCACUAUCUGAGUAUUGAUAAAUUUUCCAAGUGCAUGCCAACUUGCGUCUUCUAGAAAGUCCACAACUGAGGGAAUUAAAAAGUUUUUUCGUAUGAAGUGAUAUGGCCAACUGCGCACUAUACUCGUAUAACAGUAGGGAUCGGUAGCGGCUAAACGUUUGGCAGUGGCGUUGCGUUGCCGCAAAUUAGAAUCUCGCACGUAUGACAUACAUACAUAUUUUUGUUCCGGGUUUGGAUAUCUAUUUAAGGACAAUACAAUUUAUGUGUGUAAGACGUGUCCAGAAUACAAGAGAAAAUCCUGCAUAUAGAUACUACGUCAGACAAAAUAAUAAUCCUUGCAGGCCUGAAGAUGCAUACACUCACUCUUAGAAUCAGAACUUGGGAAUUUCAUCAGAGCUAUUGUAGUAAUUUUAGCUGGUAGAGUCGUCAAAACGCUGCUGUGUUUUGUAUGGUGAGUGAUGAGAACUGGAGACCCUUUCUAUUAGUAACGAGGUAUUCUAUUUUAGUCCUCGGUAAACGCAUCUGCAUUUUGAUUCUUCAUUGAUGUUAGAUGGAUUGAUAUGUCUAUGGACCACAGCAUCCAUGGACUGUAUGCUCGUUAGUCACCCUGACUUCUAUACAAAAAUUAACCUGUACUUAGAUGUUUUCAUAUGAGUAUAUUCUGUGAAAAUCAUAAACAAGAAUAAGAGUGACAAACGAGCACACAGCCUACCUGAUGGUAAGUGGACGCUGUGGCUCAUAGACAUCUACAUCUAUCCUAGAUUACGAAUCAAAAUGCAGAUGCGUUGUCACCCGUGAGGACUAAGAUGGAAUGCCCCGUUUCCAGUGAAAAGGGUAUCCGGCUCUUUACACUCACCAUACAAAAUGCAGCAGCAUUAACUGCUAUUUUACGUUUACAGAUAACAGGUUCAGAUCCUGCAUACCAUAGCACCGCUGCAGCUGUCUUAUUUUCUGCCGUGACUAUAUUAUUAGAGAGAGAGAAAAUGCCUAAAGGAGGAGUUCUGAUGCCUGCAAAUGUCUUUUAUAAUACUAAUAUAGUAGAAAGAUUAAAAUGUAAUGGAAUAAAUUACGAAAUUGUAGAUGUAGAUAGUCAACCUGAUAAUGUAAGUAAAUGAAAUCGUCCUAAAUACUUUGUAGAUAUUGGUUGUUAAAUAAAUAUGUAUUAC